GUUGUGGCGCUAGCGUCAAGUUUCGUCGGAAUAACCUAUGACAUCUACAUCUGAAGAAAGGAUCACUAUCGCCCUGCAAAAGAUAACUCAAAAGUUGGGGAAAUGUUUUCUCGAAAACGUUGAACAUAAAUGCAGCCAUAUUAGAUCUAAAGAUGCAACUUGGUUCAACAACAUUGUACAAGAUAUCGUGGUUGACUUUCAGAAGAAUUCAUCUGAAGCCUGCGCAGCUGUCCUCUCGCAGUACGAUAUAAAUAACAAGGAAAUCCUGUUGGAACAAGCUAACAAAACACUUAACCAUACGAAAUCCUGGCGACCAUCUGGAGAUCCUGAAAAAGAUAUCAGGGCUCACCUUUUGCCUCUCAGCAAGUCUUAUAUGGAAAAUUUAUCUUCUUGUUCUCAAGAACUGGAUUCAGAAUUGGGUAGACGUUCAGAGGAACUAAGGAGAUUACGUCAAACUCUUUACGAUGAAGUAAUUGAAUUUCGAUCUUUGGCUGAGAAAUUACAAAACUUAUCCAAGUCCACUAAAAGUUGUGGAACAUGUACUUCUGAGUUUCAAGAAUCACCUAACUCGAUGCUAGACAAAUAAAAAAAAGAACAAAAAAGUCUAACUUCUGCUCAUGAUUUUUGACUGUUUUAUUUCCUUAAUUAUUGAUGGGAUUGCAAACUUUCUAUACUUUUUUAUUUGUAACUCAAUCUUUAUUUUAUUUAUUUGCUUUUGUUAAUGAAAAUCAAUAAACGAAUAUUCAUUUGAAAAAAUAAAAUAAUUUAUGUUAUAAAA